AUGGUACUUUUCCACUACCUUGCGUACAGACUCAUCGGCAGACAGGUCGAUGACUGGUGCAUGGCCCCGGACAACUUGAAAUUUCUGUCGGCAGCCGCCUGGAAAAACCUUUCCGUACCCAUCGAGGCUGACGGGAGCUACAGCCGAUGCACGAUGUACAACCCGCCUGUGCCGGAAGAAGACAACAGGACCGCAGUUCCUUGCCAUGAGUGGAGCUACGACAUCGCAAACAAGGCAGACAGCAUCGUGAGCCGUUUCGACCUAGUUUGCGACCGAGAUUAUCUCUACGACCUGUCCUCGGUCGUGCCUAUUAUGGCAUCCGCUCUCGUAGCGCCACUACUCGGCUUGGUAUCAGACCGCGCGGGCAGGAAGCCGGUGAUGAUAGCAUGCGCGUUCGCCCAGCUCAUCGCCACCAUCGGGUGCAGCUUCUCGCAGACGUAUUCGUUCUUCGUGUCCACCCGGGCCGUGCUCUUCGUGGCGACCGACGUUACCUUCCUCAACACAUUUAUCUUGAUCCACGAGGUCACUGGAAACGCGCGUCGCGCUACGUUCACUAUCCUCGACACUGCAGUACCGGCCAUCAUAGUCCCUCCACUGAUGCACGCGCUGUCUCUUCUCGAACCGCGCUGGAUGCUGGCCCAGGCACUCCCCUUCCUUGGAGGCGUCAUGCUAGCGGCUUGGUGCUGUCUGCAGGAGGAGUCGCCCGCCUGGUUCAUCGCCACACGACACAUCGCUAGAGCGGAGAAAGCGGUACUGCUGGCAGCCAAAGUAAACGGCGUGGACGUAGCAAAGGCCCGGACGACAUUUACGGUCAUCAAGGAACAAUUGUACAAGCUGGACGAUGAUUCCCCCAAUGCGGCUCCAAUGGAGCGCGUAUUGGAGGCUGUUAAGACGCGACGUCGCGCAAUAUCCGCCCUUCUGGCCAGGUUCGCUUUGGACGCCACCUUCAUCGGCGUCACCAUUAGCGAUGUGACCACAGGGAUUUUCUGGGAGGUGGCACAUGUCAUCGCGUUCGCGGUCUACGUGGCCUCCAUCUGCGUUUGCAUACGGCGAUGCGGUGUCAGGGAGACUCUUUCCAGUCUACUGGCCAUCCUGAAUGCCUUCUGCGCUCUGAAAACGCUGACGAUCAUCGCCGGUCAACUACGUGGGCGCUGUUUGUGCACGCAGGUUUGA